GAAGCUAUCGCCCCCCGAAGAUGCCGAUGAUUAAUUGCGGCCAGAAUUGCAGACGAGCAGGAGGAGACAUCGUUGGCACGCGCAAUCCGGGGAAUUUGCGGAAUUUGUGGCGAGCGAGCGCAUUUAAGGCGCCCAGUGGUUAAUUAUGCAUGCGGGGCCCAGAACUUCGAGAUAAAUUAAGCCAGCGGACGGCGGACAGCGUACAACGGACUUUGAUGCAUGGCUCCUGCUCCUACUCCUGCUGCUGCCCCCCCUGAAAAAUGCUGAAUCGCUCUGGCGCCAAUGGAAAAUUUUCAUUUGGCCCAAUCUCAAUUGGGCGGCAGCAGCAGCAGCAGCAGCAGCAGCAGCAGCAGAGAUCCUUAAACAAGCCGGUUGCAUUCAAACGCUGCUAACGAUCCGUUCCGAUACGAUCCGAAAGUCAUAAUUAAAAACAUUUCUCGGCGGCGCUGCGAGUUGUGCCAGAUGUCUCUGUAAAGGACAAUUUAUUGGGAGUGCGUAAAACAACGAGCUGCACAUAUGUAAGUGCCAACAUGUGUCCAUGAUAAUGAUGCCCCAUACAUAGAACUAGGUUCCGAAGAAGUUCCCAACGGCAGCAGCAGCAGCAGCAGCACAGCAGCAACAGCAACAGCACAGCAGCAACAUCAGAUGAAGUAGCAACUUUAGCCACUCGAAGGGGGCACAAACACGCACAUCGCGAUCGAGAUUGAGAUUGAGAUUGAGUUGCAGAUAUAGAUGGAGUUGGAGAUGGCGAUGGAGAUUGAUGCCUGGCGCCGAAAGAACAGGAACACAUGUAAUUGAGUGUUGUGGACAAUUAUAGCCAGAUAUCAAGUCCCCAAUUGGCCGAAAAGCCGCUCUAAAGGCGCUCGCCAGAGAGCCAAGAGAUUGUAGAGAGAGAGAGAGAGAGAGAAGAGUAAGGCCAGCACAGCAGCAACAGCAGCAGCAGCAGCAGCAACACAUAUCGCACCGCAGCAGCAACAGCAGCGCCGGCAGCAACAGCAGGCAUCAGCAUAUACGAAUCCUCAGCGCUUUUAUUCCCACUGCCAGUCGCAAACAGACCGUGCUGGAAUCAAGACGUGAUCACCACCCCAUAUAUGUGCACAGAGAUACCGCGGUGUUCAAAAAACAAUCAACCGACCGACCGUCCGACCGACCAACCGACCAAUCGACCAAUCAACAAAUACAAUUUUUUUAGAAGAUUAAUUCCGAGCAUCGGCGAUCUAUAUACAAGCGGGUCAAGAGGUCUAGCCAGAUAGGAGGAGGCGGAGGCGGAGCAGCUCCAGCUCUCCAUAUCCCAUAGUCCAUAAGAUUCGAUACGAUCAACGGCAACAUCAACAUCAACAUCAACGGCAGCAUCAACAUUAACCCAACCUAAGCGAUCUUGAAGUGUUGUGCGCGCGUGUGUCUUUAAUCUUUAAAUCCAAAUAAAAACUAGUGGCAGUGUGGCUUUGCUUUGAAAUCCGAUGCCAGCGGUUCAUAGAAUAUAGAAAAUCCUGCUGGAAAACCGAGCUGCGAUGGAAACCCCCGCACACACGCAUAUGUGCGCCUAGUGGGUAAUUUCCCGAGUUUGUUUUCCGAGCUGCCUGCUCGAACAGUUGGCAAUCCGUCGCCCGAGCGAGUGCAACGUGUCCUGGCAUCGACAAAUAAAUAAAAAAAGAAAAUCGGAAAACCGUGAUUUGUGAUUUGUAAACUGUGAACCGAACAGAGAGCCCCAAAAAAAAGUGUUUUUCUCCGGCCAAAGAAUUGUGAAAUCGAAGCGGCUGAGUGAUUGAUCACUCAUCACAAAAUGACUUCCCUCGUGUACACCGUCUUUCAUCUGGCCUCGCUCCAGUGCUCGGUGCGUCCGGAGAUCUCGCCCUGCACCUGCGAAACGGGCAAGGCCUGGAACCAUGUGGAGCUAUCCUGCGAGAAACUGGAAUCCUUCAACGCCGUAGUGGACAGCCUGGCCAAUAAGCUCAAUGCCGACACGCAAAUCGACCUGAAAAUCACGCACUCCCAACUGGACGACCUGGAAAUGCGAUCAUUUACGGAUAUGAACUUCAACUUGUACAAGCUACGGAUGCAAUGGAACGGUCUAAGAUCGCUGCCCGAGGUGCCGUUCCGCGGGUUAUCGAAUGUCACCUACCUAAGCAUCGGCGACAACGAACUCGACGAGAUCCCGAAGCACGCCUUGAGCCACAUGCCGAGCCUGCUGACGCUGGACAUUGGGCGGUGCAACAUACGGGCGGUGCAGCAGGAGGACUUUCGGGGCAUCCAGCGGGUGACGAACCUGAUCCUGGUGAGCAACAUCAUCACGCGACUGGACAGGGGCUCCUUUCCGCAGAGCCUGCUGAUCCUGCACCUGGGCAGAAACCAACUGGAGUCGCUGAAUGGGUCGCUGCACGACCUGGAGAACCUGCAGUCGCUGUUCAUCAAUGCGAACAACAUCACAUCGCUGGACGGCGAGCUGCCGGACGGCAGUCAGUUGCGCCUGCUGAUGGCCCACAACAACAGGCUGGAACGACUGCCGGCCAACAUGGCCGGCAUGCACAGCCUGGAGACGAUGCACAUCCAGUGCAACCAGCUGAGGUCCUUCGACCGGGUCCUCCGCAACGCCGUCAAUCUGUCCGAGGUCAUGGCCGAGAACAACGAGCUGGAGUACCUGGCCCAGGACGAAUUCGGCUCGUGCUCCAAGGUGGAGACCCUGCAGAUGGGCUGCAACCACAUCCGAUCGCUGAACUCCUCGCUGCUGCCCAUCCUCAAGCUGAAGACGGCCAACUUCUCCUUCAACGACAUCGAGGAGUUCUCUAUGGCGGAACUGCACGGACUGCGCUCGCUGAAGACCCUCCAACUGUCCAGCAAUCGCAUCCAACGGCUGCUUCCCGAUCCCCGGGGAGUGCAGGAUCUGAUGCUUGUCAAUCUGGACCUCGAUAACAACAGAAUCGAUUCCCUAAAUGGAGCUUUGGCCGGCCUGGGCAAUCUCCGGAUACUCAAUCUGGCCGGCAACCGAUUGGAGCACCUCCAGGUGGGCGAUUUCGAUGGCAUGAUCCGGCUGGACAUCCUUGACCUCACCGGCAACCAGCUGGCGGAGCUCAAGCCCUUGGAAAUGACCUUGUUGCCCAGCCUGAAGAUCCUCAAGGUGGCGUACAACAACAUAACCAAACUGGAGCAGGACUUCAAGGGUCUGCCCGUUCUGUGCCAGGCCAACCUGACCAACAACCAGAUCUCGACCAUAUCGAGCGAACUCGUCACCAACACGCGCUGCAAAAAUCACAAUGUUCCCGGCAAACUGGAGAUUCAUCUAGAUGACAAUCCCAUAAUGUGUGACGUGCGCCUGAACGAGUUGUGUCGCCUGAUGGCGGUCCAGGAAGCCCGAAUCCGGGGUCGAUCCCAGUGCUUCGAGAACGACCAGGAAGUGUGCACUGUGCUGCCAAUGCUGUACAAGGUGGACCUGCCCAUAAUGGUGACCAAUCUGAAGUUGGGCGGACGCGAGGAUGCCAAGCCAGUGAUGCAGAUGCUCGUGCCGCAGCUGAUCAAGGCCAAUGAUGAGCUCCUGCCGCCGAUUAUUUCCACUCUUGGCAAUCCGGUCCUCAUUGGCACUACAUUGAUCAAUCCGGUGAUUUCGCCGCUGCCGGUACCGCUCCUGCUGACCACCACUCCGCCACCGCCACCUCUGCCACUUCCCCUUCCCGUGGAGCCGGAAGUGGAGAAGAACGAGUCCACCACGGCCAAUCCUGUUGCAACGAGCAGCACAGAGGAGACCACGACCUCGACAACGACCACUACCAGGACAACGACAACGACAACGACCACAAGUGCCUCGACGACGACCACAGAGGCCAGCAGUCCGGUCAUCACUCCGACCGAGGUGAUAACCACCACUGCACCCACCACCACCACCACCAGCACCACGACGCCCAAACCCAAUGAAACGCUGCCCGUGAUUGUGGAGCUCCAGGAGCCCAAUCCGCCGGGCACACCACUCAACCAAACGGUUGUGGUGGACGGGGCCCAGGAUAAGGCAGAUGCCCUGGUGCCGCCGGCUGUUCAGGAUCCUCUGCAGCAGGAGCUGGAAAGGGAGAGAGAGAAGAGGGAGAGGGAUCUGGAGCGGGAUCUGGACCACGAGGCGGUGGCCAAGACCGAGUACGAGACGGUCGAGUACAUCCCCAAUCUGGUGCAGCCGCCGGUGGGCAGUGAGGCACUGACGCCGCCGCCCAGCAAGGCGAAUGCCCUCGAGGAGGACUCCGAGUCCGUGCACUCGAACUCCGUGCAUGCGGAGUACCCGCAGAGCCUCCAGAUACCCGAGGAGCCGCCGGAGGAGUGAGGCCUCCACUCCAGGGGGUUCUCGUGCUCCUCGGGCUCCUCGGGGGAAGUCGCCCGAAAAACAAAACACAUUAUUCUACUGUAAAUCGCAGAUGGACGGAGGAGGCGGAUUCGAUGGAGAUCGGAGCAGCGGAUUAGCGGAGCAGCAUGCAAUCGGCGGAUCUGUAUGCCUUAAGUUAACUUAGUUCUUAUGCUUUAUUUAAGCCAUCGCUAAAUCGAACAGUUUGUCGGACCGAACGCUUUUUUGUUGAGUUUUUUUCGUCGAUUUUCUUGCAAAACUCGAUCACGAUUUCUCGAGGGUUAAGGACCCAGAAACAGGACGAACGUACGAGGACAGUCUUAUGAUUUAAGCUUAUUUGUUGGGGGCUCAAUUUCGCGAUGUGUGUGUUUUGGCGUUGGCAGGCGGGCAUUUUUUGGGCUUUUUAAUUUUACGAAAUAUUUUUGGGAAGCUUGUGUAUUUAUUACCACCUUAAUUUAAAGAAAAAAACCAAAUUAAGUUGAAAUUAAAAACAUCACUAUUUGAAAAGUUGAAAUAAUGACAGAUAACAAAUGAAUUAAAAUUUAAACCCUUGUAAGAAUCGCAGAAAAUCCGUUAAAUUGAUAACCAAAAAAUAACCUGCAGAAACAGAAAGGUGGCGAUAUCGUAUAUGCAAAUGCAUAUAAAAAUUAUCUAUAUUUAAUAACUGUAUACACGUAUGAACGUUGAAUAUCUACACGUAGGUACUUAGAGUUAAACGACAGCAAAAACAAAUCGCAUCGAGCUAAUGUUAAUAACGAAAAGCACUCACUCACAUACAAACACACAAAACCACAUACACAAACAAACACAACCGUAGCCGUGCACAUGCACAAAUUGAAAAAAUAAUAAAAACAAAAAAAAAAAAAAACGAGAAUAAAAUAUUGUUAUCAGUUCGUUAACAAAAUGAGAAAAUAGAUUUUAGCGUGUAAUUAUAUGAAAAUGAAAAUGGUAUUCUAAAUAAAAUCGUAAAUAAAAAUUGA